GGUCAAUGCCAUAUGGAGCAGACACUGUACCUCCAGCCACUCAGUGCUACCUCACCAGUGACUGAGAAUUUGCCUGAAGUUGAUGUUGUAGUUAAUCUUGGUAAAGGAGUAGUCUUUUUAUCUGAUGACAUCUCUAAUAGUAAUAUAAUGUCUUUGAGAGUCAAAGGAGUAUAUUCAUUGCCUGAAGGAUGGUCUCCAAGUCCUUUGGUAUCAUUCACUAUAGCUACACCUAAACCUAAUCCUGGAGAUAAUUCAUUGGUUCCUCUCAGUAUGGCUAAUGGUGAGAUUAAGCCUGCUGGUGAAGUUGAUUUGGCUCAGUCUAUGAGACUGUGGAAGUGGGCAGAGCUCAGUCCAGCUACAGCAGGAUUAUCAUCAUUGACUGACCAUGUUAUUGAGUCUAAUGCUAUUGAAGAUGAAUCAGGUCAAAUCUCAUCUUACGACGACAUUGAUUUCAGACGACUGGCAGAGUCCCGUCGUCCAAGAAUAGUUUGGAACUCUGAGCUCCGGACGUACCUCACUCCGACCCUCAACACAGCCUUGUUGCGUCAGCUCUCCCGCUCCCCCAUCUGGCCAGUUGAACUAGUACGUAUAUCCUCCUCAUCCAGUGGACGUGGGAAGUCAAAGGAGGAGGAGACGACCAUAUCCCAUCAUGGAGUGGCUUAUCUUGAUCUCUCUAGUUUGUUAUACCCAGGAGUCACUCGUGUCUUUGGUGCUUAUUAUGUUGAGAGUCUCAAUGAGAUAGAGUUGGGAGAGAGGACUAAUGAAGUACACACUAAGAACGUAAUGGAAUCACUUUAUAAAAGUGGUGCUUUUGGUAGUGGUAAAAAGUUUGCUGCCAAGAGGCCCAGUACAUCAAUGAGAGCUUCUGUUGUAUCCAUCAAUUCAGCAGCUGAGACACUAACCUCAGAAUCAAAAGUGGAUGGUCAUGUGUAUAAAGAUGCUAGAACUUACAUGCUUCUUGAGCUGGAGUUAUCUAACCCUCUUGUACCCAAGAGACCAGCAUCAGUCAUUGCAGAGAAGUAA